AUGAGUGACUAUAUCAUAGCAAUAGACUUUGGCACUGCAUAUAGUGGAUAUGUCUUCAAUCUUACACCUAAACUUGAUCCCUAUUUAAGGAGGUGGGGAAAAGAACUUGGACUGGACACUGCAAAGACUCCAACCUGUGUUUUGUUCAGUGAAGACGAAGAAUUUCUGAAGUUUGGUUAUGAAGCCAAACAAGAGUAUAUCAGGAUGCGAGCAGAAGAAGCAAAGAAACACUACUUCUUUGAAAACUUCAAGAUGACUCUCUAUGACAAUAAACUUAACAGAGAUGUAAUGAUAAAAGGUGCAAAUGGGAAAUCAAUGAGGGCUUUCGUGGUGUUCUCAGAAGCUCUGAGAUACCUGAAGGAAGAUGCACUGAAAAUUAUUGCAGAGAAGACAGAGGGCAGGAAGUUCAUUGCCUCUGACUUCACCUGGGUGCUGACUGUACCCGCCAUCUGGGAUUCUUCAGCAAAGCAGUUCAUGAGAGAAGCUGCGAUUCAGGCAGGGAUCGUUACAGAAGAAACUCAACACAACCUGAUCAUUGCACUGGAACCAGAAGCAGCCUCAGUCUGGUGCAAGCAGCUGCAAGCUGAUGGCUUCAUUACCCAGAACCAUCAUGGAGGAUCACUAGAUCAGUCUCCAGGAACACAGUUCAUGGUGGUGGACUGUGGAGGUGGAACAAUUGACAUCACAGUUCAUGAAGUCCUGGAUGGAGGAGCCCUGAGGGAGCUGCACAAGGCCUCAGGAAAUGAUUUGGGAGGACAAACUGUGGACAGAAAAUUCAAAGAGUUCCUCAGAGAAAUCUUCAGUGGUGGUGUCUGGGAUGAAUAUGAAGCAAACUCUCCCACUGAGGUUCAGAAAAUGAUGUAUGAAUUUGUUUAUUUCAAACAGGUAGAUGAUGAUGUUCAGAUGUCCUGUCCAUUUAACCUGGGAACACUGGCUCAGAAAAAUCAGGAAAUAGAAAAGUUCUUUGAAUCAGUGCAAGGUGCUUCCUGGGAUGAGGGAGCAAUCAGAAUCUCCAGAGAGAGACUGAGGUCUUUCUUUGCUGAGAGUCUUGAGGGGAUUAAGAACAGCCUAGGAGUAAUCCUGGAGAAAGAUCUAAACAUCGAGUACAUUAUGUUAGUGGGGGGCUAUGCUGAAAGUCAAAUUCUACGUCAACACGUUAUUGAACAGUUUAGUGAUCAGUGUAAAGUUCUGUGUCCUUUUUGGCCCCAGGAAGCGAUCUUGAGGGGAGCUGUGAUGUUUGGAAAAUCCUUAGGGCUCGUGGCAUCUCGAAAAAGUCCAUUCACUUAUGGGGUUUCCGUUAUUGAGAGCUUUGAUGAGUCCAAACAUAAGAAGGAAAAGAAAAUUAUAGCUGAUGCAGGUGAGUUCUGUUGUGAUAUUUUCAAGAAAGUGGUGGAAGAAGGGGAAGAUGUUGGCUGGAAUGAAACCCGACAGCACAUCUUAUUCCCAGCUGAACCGUUUCAGAUGAGAGCGACCAUAACUUUUUAUUGCUCAGAAAGCAAAGAUCCAAAAUAUGUAGAUGAUGUUGGAGUUAAGAAAGUUGCUUCGUUUGACGUCAGAAUGCCUGCUACUUCAGGAGGAAUGAAUCGUAAAGUGAAACUAGAAAUCAAGUUUGGCUUCACAGAGAUAACAGCCACAGGCACUGACUUGGUGUCUGGGUUGAAACAGUCAGUCACCAUAGACUUCAUGAGCAAAGCACAAAGAUCUGUUAAAACCAUCCAGAAUACAGUGGUAGAAGAAAUGAAAGACAGAAUGCCCUCCACUUGGAUCACUGUCUCGGGGGUGCCUCCGUUUAUUCCCAAUGCGGCUUUGAAGCAAGAACUGAAGCGCUUUGGGAGAUUUGCCAGUGGCUUCCGGACAGUGAGUCUGGGCUUGCUGGGCGAGGCCGCCGUUGACACGGUUGGAGCUGUGCCUCCUGCGCGUGGUGAAACUGCCCUGUCUAAAGAGGACGCUGCACCCUCGGUGCGAGGUGAGGUCGGCUUUUCUCCCGCGGAGGCUGCGGCUUUGGUGUGGAGUGAAGUGAGUGAUUGCAUGACUACAACCAAGUCGAAAGAGAGGGUGGAGGCUGGACCUGCAGUCAGUACGGCACAGAAUGGGGAUGAAAUGGGGAGCUCUGAGUUGGGUGUAGAGUGUGUUGUUGCCUCGGGAGAAGGAGGGGUGCAGGAGCAGCAGAGCAGGACGCCUGCUGGUUGUUAUGGGAUUGAAGGUGGUUGA